CAGUAGUCUGGUCUACCAAAUUGGAUUCCCUAUUUAAGUCUUCAUCUUUGAAAGCUAUUGGCGUUGCAAUUUGAUCUCUCUUUUGGUGCUUUCGUUCCGUGUCUCUCGCCUGAGCCCUAGCCUGACAUCAACAAGAAAAAAAAAAUGGGAGGCGGCAACGGCCAGAAGUCAAGGAUGGCUCGUGAGAGGAACAUGGAGAAGCAAAAAGCCGCCGCUAAGGGAAGUCAGCUUGAGUCAAACAAGAAAGCCAUGAGCAUCCAGUGCAAAGUGUGCAUGCAGACGUUCAUUUGUACCACUUCGGAGGUGAAAUGCAAGGAACACGCGGAAGCCAAACACCCCAAAUCUGAUUUAUACACAUGUUUCCCCCAUCUUAAGAAAUGAGGCAGUAGCGAGAAAAGAAAUACAAACAAGGGCUCCAAGCCCCUCUCUGUCUCCUCUAAUAUCUUAAUCGUGAUUAUAUAGUCAUCCUUGUAGACUCUUUUAUGUCAAAUUGAUCAAGUCUGUGGACUAUAUCAUGUAAUCGUUUCUUUACCCAGUUACCUUUAUUUGCAUGCCUAAUAGAUGUGUUUAUUUUUGACAAGCAAA